AUGGAAAAGAAACAAAGCGAUGAGCAUGAUCACUUCAUGAAUGUUAUCAGAAGAAAAAGGCAAUUUGAUGCUAGACAUCAUAGAAUUCGUGUUCUACGAGCUAAGAGAGCCAAGGCAUUGGCGGCAAUGAACAAAGAAAAUGCAUGUCAAACUCAACCCCCUGCUGAUACUAUAUCUUCGCAUUUCAGAUUACCACUAUCUUCUAUUUCUCCAAAUAUUCCAAGUUCCACCAUAACUGAUCGAAAUACACAGCAGAAAACUCACAAUGUAUCAACAUUGAAUACAUUGCCAAGUUCAUUAGCAAAAAAACGCCCAAGAGUUGUUUCUGUAAAGAACAUUAACAAUUUAGGAGUUAACCUCAGAAGGAGAUUUGAUAACCAGUUUAUGAGCGGUGCGACGGCAUCUUCAAGCCAUACACCUAAUCCAGAUUCCAGCACCAACGAACUUUUCCAAGAUGACAGUGAAGGGGAUGAAGGUUCCGGUAAUUCUUCAGAUGCCUGCAGUUCAGUUUCCAACUAUUCAAACGACGAGCAUGAAGUAGGUUUUGACACUGACAUUGAAGAAGUAGAUGUUCAAAGAUCAGGAGAAUACUACGAUUUAGGUGACCCAUCAUGUGAGUGUCAGCAAUGUGGUGCAAAUAUGUGGUAUAUGGAGAGGAAAAACAAGUCUCGACAUUCUGCUAAUCCUAAGUUCUCAAUGUGUUGUGGAGAAGGAAAGGUUCAAAUACCUUUGUUGAGACAACCUCCACCCGUAUUGCAGAGCCUGUUGUUUGAACAAAACGAAAGUGAAUCAAAAAUAUUCCAACAACAGAUUCGUCUUUACAAUAUGAUGUUCGCAUUUACUUCUCCGGGUGCUAAAAUGGAUAACAGAUUUAAUAAUGGUAGAGGUCCCCCUAACUAUCGUAUUCAAGGUCAAACAUGUCAUCGUAUAGGCAGCAUGUUACCUUUGCCAGGUGAAAAGGCCCGUUUUGCCCAACUAUAUAUAUACGAUACUGAACAUGAAGUUCAGAAUAGAUUUGAUAUUUUCAGAAAAAGGGACGGAGUUGAUAUUAAUAUAGUUGAAAAGUUGUCUUCAAUGUUAUAUGAACAUAAUGUUCAUGCUCAGUCAUUCAAGAUGGCAAGGGACAUACUUUCUCAAGGAAAUGUUGCAGAUCUAAAACUCCGUCUCAUUUCUGAUCGUCAAAAUGAUGGAAGAAUAUAUAAUCAACCAACAGUUUCAGAAGUUGCUGCUCUCAUUGUUGGUGAUGUUGAUACUGCCGAAAAAAGGGAUAUUAUAAUGCAAAAACAAUGUGGCCAACUUCAGAGAAUAGAUGAAUAUCACACUUCUUAUUUGGGUUUUCAAUAUCCUUUACUUUUCCCUUACGGCGAAGAUGGUUACAGACCAAACAUACGGCAUCGCAAUAAAGGAUCUACAGCGGAUGCAACCAAGAGAAACAGACUUACAAUCAGAGAGUGGUUCGCCUUUAGGAUUCAGUCAAGAAAAAACGAGGCACAGACAAUUCUCAGGUCAAGGAGGUUAUUUCAACAGUUUUUGGUAGAUGGUUUUACAAUGAUGGAAUCCGAGAGACUUCGAUGGUUAAGAAAGAAUCAGUCAAAACUACGAGUAGGGAAGUAUGAUCAUCUUGCAGAUGCUAGGACAAAUGGACAUACACGUGGUGCAGCUACAGGGAAAAGAGUUGUCCUACCUUCGUCGUAUGUUGGAAGCCGUAGAUUUAUGGAUCAGUUAUAUUUCGAUGGCAUGGCAAUUUGUAGUUAUGUUGGAUUUCCUGAUUUGUUUAUUACAUUCACAUGUAAUCCCAAUUGGCCAGAAAUACAGCGCGUAUUAAGUUCUACAAAUCUGAAAGCGUCUGAUCGUCCGGAUCUCAUAACAAGAAUCUUCAAAUUGAAAUUUGAUUCGUUACUGUCCGAUUUGACUAAAAAGAGUAUCAUGGGAAAGGUUCUUGCGUAUAUGUACACAAUUGAGUUCCAAAAAAGAGGGUUGCCCCAUGCGCACAUAUUAAUUUUCCUUCAUCCGUCGAGCAAGUACCCAACACCCGCUGACAUUGAUCGUAUCAUAUCAGCAGAAAUACCAAACAAAGACACCGACGAAGAGUUAUAUAACUUGGUCAAAUCUCACAUGAUACACGGACCUUGCGGAAAUGCUUUUCGUAAUUCUACGUGUAUGAAGGAAGGAAAAUGUUCUAAAUACUUCCCUAAAGAUUUCAGACGUGAUACGAUCGUUGAUCAAGAUGGAUAUCCGGUGUAUAGACGAAGGGACAACGGACACACAGUUUCUAAGAAUGGAAUUGAGAUUGAUAACAGAUUUGUUGUUCCUUACAAUGCAAAGUUAUUGUUGAAGUACAGAGCUCAUAUUAAUAUGGAAUGGUGCAAUCAAAGCACAUCCGUCAAAUAUUUGUUUAAAUACAUCAACAAAGGAUACGACAGAAUAACUGCUGCAAUUGUCAUGAAUGAAGAUGGAUCUGUUUCGCAACACGAAACCGUCGAUGAAAUAAAGCAGUAUAUUGACUGUAGGUACGUUUCUCCAAGUGAAGCUGCUUGGAGAAUUUAUGGUUUUUCCAUUCAUGGAAGAAAACCAGCUGUAGAAAGACUUCACUUUCAUGGGGAGGGACAAAAUUCUGUUUUUUAUACUGAUGUCAGUCCCAUUACCAAAGUCCUUGAUAAACCGAGCGUUACUGAGUCGAUGUUCACUUCAUGGUUUGAAGCAAACAAGAAAUACGACGAAGCGCGCCAACUAACGUAUAGCAAUUUUGUUUCAAAGUUUGUAUACGUUAAGAAAAAAAGAGAGUGGAAACCCAGACAAAAGGGAUACACAAUUGGAAGACUAAUUUGGGUUCCUCCAACUACCGGGGAGUUGUACUAUCUAAGGAUGAUGCUAACACAUGUGAAAGGGCCGAAAAGCUACGAUGAAAUAAAGACAGUAAACAAUGUUAGGUACGAUACUUUCCGUGAUGCAUGUUUUGCUAUGGGAUUUAUUGGGGAUGAUCGAGAAUUCAUAGCUGCAAUAACAGAAGCAUUUCAUUGGGGUUCUGGACAUUAUUUGAGAUUACUUUUUGUUCACAUGUUAUUGUCAAGUAGCAUUAAUAGGCCAAAGCAUGUAUGGAGUAAAACUCAACAUCUGUUAUCUGAUGGAAUUCUGUAUUCUCAGCAAAGGAUUGCAAACAACAGAGAUCUGCGCCUAACAAAUGAAGAAAUUCUCAAUCUGACGUUGAUUGAAAUUGAAAAACUUCUCCAACGCAGUAGAAAGAGUUUAAGUGAUUUUCCUGGAAUGCCAAAACCACAUGGUUACAUAAAUGAGGAGCUUGGAAAUAAUUUAAUUUACGAAGAGAGAAACUACGAUCCUGCUGAACAACUUCAACAGUUUAAUACGCUGUAUAAUAACCUCACAGAUGAACAAAGAGAUGUGUUCAAACAAAUCUUGACAGCUGUCGAUACCCAGAACGGAGGGGUAUUCUUUUUGUAUGGAUACGGCGGUACAGGGAAAACAUACAUGUGGAGAACAUUAGCUUCCUACAUAAGAUCAAGAAGACAAAUAUGCUUGACAGUUGCCUCUUCAGGUAUUGCAUCCCUUUUGCUCCCCGGUGGUCGAACGGCACAUUCGAAAUUUAAAAUUCCGAUCCCCACACUUGAAUCUUCGACAUGCGACAUUAACAAGGGUAGUGACAGGGGUAACAUGCUAAAAUUAUCUAAAUUGAUAAUUUGGGAUGAAGCUCCCAUGUGUCACAAAUUUUGUUUUGAAGCUUUGGAUAAAACACUCAGAGAUAUCAUGGGUGGAACCAGGUCAUCUGAUAAAAUAUUUGGUGGGAAGGUAAUUGUGUUUGGUGGGGAUUUCAGACAGAUUCUACCGGUUAUUCCAAGAGGCAGCCGUUCAGAUAUAAUUCAUGCAACUAUCAAUUCAUCAUACAUUUGGGAUCAUUGUAAGGUUCUGAAACUUACAAAAAACAUGAGGCUUCAGCAAUCUGGGACGACCAUAUCGGCAUCCGAGUUAGAACGGUUUUCAAAUUGGAUAUUAAAAGUUGGAGAUGGAAAACUGGCAGAACCUAACGAUGGCUAUGCUGAUAUUGAUAUCCCAGCAGAUAUUUUGAUAUCUAAUUUCGAUGAUCCCCUUCGAGCCAUAUUCGAAAACACUUAUCCAAAUUUUGAAGCUAAAUUCAAUAAUGUAGCUUUUCUGCAGUCAAGGGCAAUAUUGGCUGGAACAAUUGAGACAGUAGAUGAAAUAAAUCACUAUGUAUUAGACAAUCUUCCAGGGGAUGAAAAAGAAUACCUAAGCUCUGAUUCAGUCGACACGCAUGAUGGUGAUGGCAAUGAAUGUUUUGAUGUUUUAACUCCUGAGUUUCUGAAUGGACUGAGAACGUCGGGACUUCCUAAUCAUAGGAUCAGAUUGAAAGUAAAUACUCCAAUCAUGCUGCUCAGGAAUAUUGAUCAAGCAGAAGGCUUAUGCAAUGGAACACGUCUAAUCGUUACAAGAUUGGCUGAUCAUGUCAUCGAAGCUAAAAUCAUUUCAGGCAAGAACAUCGGCGGUAUCAUUUAUAUUGCCCGAAUGGACAUUACUCCAACGCAGACGCCAUGGCCAUUCAGGAUGACACGAAGACAGUUUCCUAUAACAGUCUGUUAUGCUAUGACUAUUAAUAAAUCUCAAGGUCAGUCUUUGGAUCAUGUUGGCAUAUAUUUACCGAGGAGCGUAUUCAGCCAUGGCCAGUUAUAUGUUGCAGUUUCAAGAGUAAAGAGCAGAAAAGGCCUUAAAAUCUUGAUCCAUGAUAAGGAGAAACUUCCAUUGACCACCACAACAAAUGUUGUCUUCAAAGAAGUGUUUGAAAAUGUGUAG